AAGCUGCAUGCCAUGGAUAAAUUCCAUUAUUUGAGAGACAGUCACAUACAAUAAUGGCGAAGCAAAAUGAAGUUGUGGUGUUUGGAACAUGGGCUAGCGGCUUCUGCAACAGAGUUGAGUUAGCCCUUAAACUCAAGGGCAUACCUUAUGAGUACGUAGAGGAAGACCUCGCAAAUAAGAGUGAGUCACUCCACUACAACCCUGUCCACAAGAAGGUACCUGUGCUUCUUCACAACGGGAAAUCCAUUUCUGAGUCGCUUGUUAUUCUCGAGUACAUCGAUGAUUGCUGGAAAAACGCCCCAAAACUGCUGCCAGAGGAUCCUUACCAGAGGGCCAAAGUUCGCUUCUGGGCUAACUUCCAUGAUCAGAAGCAGUUUUUGCCAGGUUUGUUACCCAUCAUCAUGUGUAAAGGCCACGAGCGAGAGCAAGCAAUCAAAGAAUUCAACGAGUUGCUUGAGGUGUUUAAAGAAGGAACGAAGAAGGAUUUUACAGAAGAAUUCCCUUUGCUUGACGGCAAGAGCUUGGGAUUUCUUGAUAUUAUUGUGGGCUUGCAUUUUUGCAAUUACGAAGCUUUCAAUGAGGCCGUUGCAGUAGUUAUUACCCCGGAAAAGAACCCAGAAUUCUUGUCGUGGGUGAAUGCUCUGAAGGACCACCCAUUGCUGAAGGAAACGCUCCCACGUCAUGACAACUUGGUUGCCAGUAUGACACAGAGACUUUCCCAGUCUCCUUCAGUUUGAUCCUUAGGC